ACGCCUACUUGCCACGUCCUUGGUAUUGUCUUGUCAAUUUUCACGAUUUGGCUGAGUAUCUCCGUCAGUAUUAACAUUUCUCAAGUGUAUCUGUCACAGUAAGAAACCAGACAUGGGGUCGUACUUCACCAAACUCUUCAAGAGCCUCAUAGGUUCGAAAGAAAUGCGAAUUUUGAUGGUUGGUCUGGACGCCGCUGGUAAGACCACCAUUUUGUACAAGCUGAAAUUGGGCGAGAUAGUUACGACCAUACCGACGAUCGGUUUUAACGUAGAGACGGUUGAAUAUAAGAACAUUAGCUUCACUGUGUGGGACGUGGGUGGGCAGGAUAAGAUCAGACCGCUGUGGAGACAUUAUUUCCAGAACACCCAAGGACUGAUUUUUGUGGUGGACAGCAACGAUAGAGAACGCGUUGACGAAGCGAAGAAUGAGCUGAACCGAAUGAUUCAGGAAGACGAACUCCGAGACGCCGUACUGCUUGUGUUCUGUAACAAACAGGAUCUUCCGAAUGCGAUGGCGGCAGCCGAAGUGACAGACAAACUAGGACUACACCAGCUGCGGAACCGACAGUGGUAUAUACAGGCGACCUGCGCCACUAACGGAGAUGGCUUGUACGAAGGAUUGGACUGGCUUUCACAUACCUUAAAAAAUAGAAAAUAAACUUUUUAAAUUAGAUUUUAAAAAAACCCUGCACUUUUCUGUUAACAAUGUUACCAGAGUAAAUAUUAUAUAAUUACCAUAGCAGUUGUGUAUGUUUGUAAACUGUUCUAAAACCACAGAUUUACACAUCAUGUAUGUAUGACAGUGUUUUAGUGUUUUAGAUCUUGCACAUUUUUUAUGUAAACAGUGUGUAAAUAUUAUAAAAGAUAGUCGACACAAUACUCUAGUUUUUAUGCUGUGCAUACAUGCACGUUUGUGUUUCUCAUCUCCACUGUAAUCAGUUAUAUGUAUAUGGCUGGUCCAUUUCAGUAUCAUUCAAAGCUUAACCGAGGCAAAAUGUUACCCUUACAUGCAGAUGUUUACAUGAAUUAGCAUGUUUUUGUUUAUUAUAGGUCAUAUAAUUUGGGGUCGAAACAACUCUGUAUGAAUGAGAUUUAGGGCGAAUCAACCCAGGGUGAAUAGGACUAAGGGCGAAACAAUACAGGGUUUGAAAUGGUUUCAGAGCAAAACAACCCGGAAUCAUUUUACAUUAAUUUAAGAUUAUUGCCGUAAUAGUAGAUUAAAUACAGAUCUAAUGAAAAUACUACUUGUAUUAAAUAUUAAUUACUUAAAUUUAUACGUUAUUAGUUUAAUUAAAAAAAAAAAAGAAUCUUAUUACAAAACAGUGCAUAUAUAUGUGGUAUGUUAAAAAAAAAUCAUAACCUUUUUAUCGUGGUAAUUAAUAUACUCGUAAUUGUGUAUGAUGAUCACAAAGGUUUGAAAAUAUUUGUAAAAACAUUUUAGUGACCAUUGAUCAAUUAGUCCCUGAAAUAUUUUCUUUUAAAUUUUUUAUGGGAGCUGGUUAAAAUGUUUCCAAACAAAAAUCUUAAAUGUUUUUGAACAAAACAUCCCCUUAUUUUGACUACAAAAAUAUUCUUAUUUGGUCACAAACAUACCCGUAUGUUGUUCAGAAUUAAGAUAAAAAACAAAUCAUAAUAAUAUAAUAUUAUUGGCAUUACUCGUUGCCUGUAACGUUGCCUGUACCUAGUCCUAAAAUAAGAAGGGUGGUGCAGUAAUCCGUGACAUAACCUGGGUGUUAUAUUGGUGGGGGUGACCCACACUGUGGGAAGGAAUUCCCACUUUGCACAUUAUAAAAGACAGAGCGUAAAAAAAAACUAUGUGGGGUUGUUGUUGUGGUUUUUGUUUGUUUUUUAGAGGGAGAGAGGCAUGCCUCCCUGGCUACAUCAAUGCAUAGAUUGAAAAGGGCGCUUUUAAACCAAAAAGGAUCACUUUUGAAUACUUCACUCCCACUAUAUGGGGGCUAGGAUAUUGUAAAACAAUUCCUUAACUAUUUUCAGAAAUUUGUCAAGCUGUCAUUUUAACAAUUAUAAAAUUAUAUUGGGUAUGUUUCGAUAAAAAUUUGAUGGAAAUUAAUUUUAAGCUAAUUUAUAUUUGUUUAUUUUUUUUAACUUACAGGUCUGUUGUGACCAAAAUGUAUGUUUUGAACCCCCCCCCCCCCCCCCCCCCCCCCCCCAAAAAAAUGGGUAUACUUUGGUUGUGUUUGUUUUGGUUUGGGUACGUUUAGACAACUUACAAUAUUUACUACAUGCACAUAUAGCUAUAUACAUACAUUCAUGUUUCUAUGUAGUAAGUAUGGAACUUAAUAUGUGAAUAUUACAAUAUAGUUAUCAAAUUACCAAAUGUUUGAUAUCCAAUAGCCGAUGAUUAAUAAAUCAUUGUGCUCUAGUGGUGUCGUUCAACAAAGAAACAAAGUACAAUAUACAUGUAGUUAACAUUUCAGAAUUGUGUACGAACUUGUGUGUUUUACAUAGCAAUUUCUGAAACCUGCAUGCUGCUGAACAACUACAGUGUAGUCGAGAUAUGUUUGAUGAUUUGUUCUGUAUAUAUAUAUAUUAAUUAUUAUUUACGUAAUAAGCAUGUAUGUACAUGUCCUUUCUUCCUUUUUAACCGACUGUCAUGAGUUUACAGAUCUAUAUUUAUUUGUAAGAUAUUUCCGACUAACAGAGCCUUUUUGGUAACUAAAAUUACAUAUUACAUUUUGGGGUUUUUUAAUAAUGUUUAUGUAGUUAACAUUACAAGGGGGUUUUAGUAGCCCAAACCAGAUUUUUCUUACCAGUAAUUUUGUAUACAUGUACACUGUACAUAAGAAAAGAAAAACAAUUACAAAGUAAAACGAGAAAUGACUACAUCACCACAAAUACAUGGGAUAUAAACAUACUGGUAAUACAUACAUGUAGUGGUAUUCAAGUAGGAAAAGGUAAUUAAUAUGCAGUUUUAGUCGUCAAAAAGAUUCCAUUAGGCUGAAUUUCCAUUAACGCGAUUCCGCACAUAUUUUAUCGUGUGCGUUUCUGCGAGCAGAAAUGUGCUUUUCCAUGUCUGCGUUUUCACAAGCAGAUUACUAUACAAAAGUUGACAUUGUCGGAGUGUACUGUAAGUCGAAAGUAAAUGCUUUAUGUUGUGAGGUCACCGUGCGGAAAAAUCUGUCGACUUUUUUCCCAGCACUUUAAAUGUCAGCAUGCGAAAUCGCAUGUAUGGAAAAAGUACUAUGUAAAUCCACUGUGUCGAUAAACUCAUGCACGCGAAAUCUCACGUUCAACAGGACUUCUAGAAUGUUUACAAAAUCCACUAGCCAUGGGAUCAGUGAUUUUAGAAAUUUACUAGCUAGGAUUAAAAAUUCACUAUCCUUACUUUACUUCAUACAAUUUUACUAAUAGUAAUAAUUGUAAAUGUUACCUAAAGAGAUUAAAAAUACCAAAAUUGGGGGCUGGGGUUGGGGCAGCAUAUUCAUAUUUACAAAAUAGACUUAAAUGCAGCAUUUGACAACUUGUUUUCACUAGCCGUCAGGCAUGGCAAUAGUAGUUAUUUACUAGCCCAACAUUGAAUAUCAUUAGCCAUGGGAGUGGGGCUAACAUAAUCUAGAAGCCCUGAACCGUUAAAGGAAAGCGGGCCCAAGCCAGAAAUAUCCUACAAUGGCUGCAGACUUCCAACAGUCCCAUUAAGUUUUGACUGGGCAUCAGUGUCACUUACAUUGUAUAUCUUGUGCUGCACGUACAGCAAUAUGUAGUUUCAUCAACAUUCUCGUGGUAGCGUGGCAACUGUGUUUAAUGUUCGAUAGAGAAUGUUUGUACGUUCUUGUUUUAAGCCUUGACUGGGCAUCAGUGUCGCAUAUAUAUAUAUAUAUAUAUAUAUAUAUAUAUAUAUAUAUAUAUAUAUAUAUAUAUACACACACAAUGUAUAUCGUGUGUAUGUAUAUAUGCAUAUGUACUUUGAAACUUCAACAUUUUCUUGGCAACACAGCAACAGUAUUUAAUGUUUGCUGCAGUCUGGAGAAUCUUUGAAUGUUCUUGUUUUACGUUUUGACUGGACAUCAGUACCACAUAUACCAUUAUCUACAUAUAUUAUGUAGUUUGGAGCCUCGGCAUUCUCUUGGCAACUGAAUUUCAAUGUUUCCAGUUGUCCAGAUAAUGUCUGAUGUAUAUUACUGUAUAGUACUUGUAACAUAAAAAUGCAUGCAUGCACCUUUGUUUUAAGUUUUGACUGAUCAUCAGAACCACAUACACCAUUAUGUACAUACAUGUAUGUAUAGUUUCCACACCACGUAUCGUGGCCAAGUUCUGUAUUUACACAUAUAAGAACGCUCACUUACAGACUUUAUUCUAAAGAAGAGUUGUGACUAUACCGUUCUAAUUCCUUUGAAAACACAUCAUCCAAUGUUCCUUUGUUACUGCUGUCAAAUAUGUGAGGUUGUUGUAAACCACAUGCAAUGGGCCUUGCCCAUGUAUACAUGUUACUGCUAUCGAAUAUGUAAGGUUGUUAUAGACCACGUGCAAUAAGCCUUGCCUAUGUAUAUGUAGUAGUGUUGGUAUAAAGUGCUCCUACUGGCAGUAGCUAGUGGGAAUUUCCCUGUUAGCUCAGUUGGUAGAGUGCUGUACUCUCGUACUGAGAGUCCGUAGUUCAAAUCCACUCAGUGGAGGUUGAUUUUUAUCUGUUACAUAUACAUGUUACUGCUAUCGAAUGUAUACAUUUCAGUUAUGUCAGAUUAUUAUAAACCACAUACAAUAACCUUUGUUCAUGUAUACAUUUCAAUUAUGUGAGAUUAUUAUAAACCACAUACAAUAACCUUUGCUCAUGUAUACAUUUCUGGAAUGUUUAUUGCCUACCAGAAAGCAUCCAGUUUACAAUGUCAGUUAUACAUUUUAUUCCUUUUUUACAACUUGUACCAAUCUGAAUGUUGUGUUUUCAAAGGAGUUCAGUAUAUAAUUAAUCUUGAUGGGAUGCCUAAAUAGAUUUCAUCACCACCAAUGUUUCUUUUGUCAUUAUUUCUGCUCUGCAAACCAAACCACAUUAAGGCCACCCGCUUUCCAUCAAUGCAAUUGUGCGCGUGUUUUAUCGUUUGCGUUUCCGCAUGAGCAAAUGUGCUUUGCCAUAUGUGCGUUUUCACAAACAGAUUACUAUACAAAAUGUUAUUUUGUCGGAAUGUACAUGUACUUUGAGCCGAAAGUAAAUUAAUGGCUUCAUGUUAUGAUGUCGCCACAUGGAACAAUUUGCUAAUCGAUCAACUUUUUUUUUUAGUAUGCUGAAUAACCAUGUGCGGAAUCGCAUAUAUGGACAAUUCUUAUGUAAAUGCACUUGUUUCGAUAAACUUGCACGUGAAAUCGCAUUGAUGUAAAGUGGGACUAACAUAAAUACACACAUACUGAUGCACAUCAGUAUUUGUGUUAAUCUGGGAAUACAGGCAUGUCUGCAGGAAAUGGUGCAAUGUGUCCUAGACAGAAAAUACAUUGAAAAUAAACGGAAAUGUUUUUUGGAGGUGGGAGGGUUUGGCCCUAACUCCUCCCACUACACAAGCACCUGAAAAUAUAAAAAGAAUUUGGCAAGCAAGGAAGAUAUGAUGAAAAAACCUGAAGGGAAAUGUAGAUCUAUCACAUUCUCAGUUUCUGUUGUGUAUAUAUUUGUAUUUUAAUUGUUUAUCAUGUUCAAAAUUACCUAUUACAUAUAUCUACAUACAUACAUACAUGUGUAGAUGAUGUAGUAAGUAUGAAACUUAAUAUGUGAAUACUACAAUAUAGUUAUCAAAUUACCAAAUGUUUGAUGAAAUCAGUGUGCUCCAGUGGUGUCGUUAAACAAAACAAACUUUAUUGUUUAUCUCGAUCCACUAAUCAUUUGUUGUACCGAGAAUAAUAUGGUUUAAACAAUCUGAUUGGUUGUAUUAUAACAUAAUAUACUGAUAGAUAAUAUAUUACACUGAACUAAAAAUUUUCCGUCAAAUUCAGAUACAUGGUUGUGACUUUAGACAAUAGUGUGUUGUGGAUGUACCAAGUACCAGGUUUAAGCUGUGUGGGUCACCAAAUUUGCGAAGUUUAAAAUCAAGUUGAACUUGGAUAUUAUAUUUCAUAAGUAAAUCGCUAAAAUGCUCAUGAAUUCCAAAAUGAAAUACAUGUAAGCACAGUUUUUUAAAGAGCCAUUUAUUUUGUUAAUGUUUUGACUAACAGAAAUUUCAGUUGGCUUGAGAUAUUUUUAUCAAGUUCGGCAAAUUGCAAGUAAAGUCUUUGACCCAUACUAAGUCAUACACAUGUAGUUAAAUACUGGAAACAAGCAGGGCUAGUUCUGGGUGCGAAGAAAUGUUUGCCAAAUUAUCUCUUGAACUUAACUUUAAAAAAUUGCAGACAUCCAGUUAUUUUCUAGCAAAAUAUAAAUUUUCACAUGAAAUUAUUUUGCCAAAUUGAAAUAAAUUUUGCCAACUGUUUUAAAAAAUUUGAAUUGGCGAAUUUGGCGAGUGCUGGAGCUAGCCCUGGAAACAAGAAUGAUUAUAAUUUGUCUGUGGUUGAAGAAAUGUACAUAGGUCUGUUGAUUGUAAACCGUGUCUAGAAUCCAGUUAUUUACAUGCUUGACAAUAUAGUUACAGACACUGUAUGACAUUGACGUAAAUGUAAAUAUACUUAUGUGAAAGUAUAUUUAUAAUGUAUGAUGUUUUUGAAUAUGGGUAAAUGAAUGAUAGAAAUAAAGAAAUUGACUUAA